AUGCGCAAUAAUCAAGCUGAGCCGCAGGUCGAAGCCGAAAAUCAAGUGGAAUUGUUUGUCGACGGCUAUUUGCCGAGUGUUCUAUCGAACCUAGUCUACUCGACAGAUAAAAUCAGGAUUGAAAAGAUCAGAGACUAAUUAAAAGCUCCAUGAACAGUUUCCGUGGUUCCCGGUCCGAUUUUAUCAUCUUCAGGUUUCUUUUUAAAUUGUAAUGAAAAAAACGCAGCGCAACCGCAACGCGUAGAGCUAUUCCUUGCGUUCUUCCGUACUUUCAGAGUGAAAAAAAAAACACUAUAAUCAAUUAACAUUUUUUUAAAAAGAUGUUUUAAAGAAAUCAUAAUUAGUUUGAAGCUUUCACUUUCUUCUCUCCUUGUGCGGAAUUUCAACAAGUGACGGAGGCUCUCCGCAAACAUUUGUUCAACUCGAAAGAUUGGCACUAAACGACCACUUGUACGGUCGCCGUCUCAUUAACCUCUUUUUCUUCUCAUUCUUUCAAUUGAUAAAUUUUUUUGAAAAAUUGUUUUGGAAAAAAACCUUGUAGUCUAGAAAACAGUUUCAAACUUUUUUCGCAGUUGACUUUGAUAAAACUAUUAAAGAAACGUUUCUUUUCAUUCAUUGUUUUGCUAAUUAUAAAUAAAAAAUAAUCUCUGUAGCUAAUAAUUAGUGGACUGUCUAACUCUGAUUUCAAAAACUCUGCUUUUUUUUGUCAAGAAGAAGAAGAAGCUCUCUAACUUCUUCCUGAUAUUUGGGUCAUUUUCAUCUUUUUCCAAGUUUUUUUCCCCAUGAAGGCUACAUAAAUCUGAAUCGGAUCCUUUGUUUUUCGUAAAUCAAAAAAGAAUGGCGAAGUCUCCGGGGAUGUUAAAAACUGAAAAAAAGGCAUGACUUCUUUAGGAACACUUUAUAUUUAUAUGAUGCUCCGCAUGAAAGCAGUUAAAACUAACCGAAGCCAUACGAAUCAAAAAAUUAGAUCUUCCGAUUGGCUAAAUUUUUUUUUCAAUUUGAUUGCUCUUUUUUUCAAGCGUUUAAAAAAAUUACAAUAAGUCCAUUAUUUAAACUAAAAAAAGCAAAUUUUUUUAUCGCGAAAACCGGUCCAACUGAUUCUAUUUUUUUAAAUUGACCUUAAUUCUUUAUUUCUGCAAAUUUUCUAAAAAAAUCAAAUUUUUUUAGUUUUUUUCAGAUCGAAAUAUAUAACUUAAGCUUCAAAAAAAGCUCGGUAAAAAAAUUGGGAGGAAUAUUUUUUUCCUGUUUGGAAUUUCUACAGAUAAUUACCAUUCCAUGUGUAACAUUACGAUCAAAAAAAAAGUUAAAGUUCAAUUUUUCUAAAUUUUCGACAUCCUCCGCAUUUUCCAAGUCGAUGCGCAUGUUCUUCUAAUCUCACUAGGCUCGACACGCCCCCUUUUUGCUUCUCACUUUUUUUCCCCUAGCCGAUGUAUAUAUUUUUGCAGUCUCUAUAGUUCAGUGUUGACUUUUCCGGUAUUUUUGGGGAUUUCAGAACCGUGACGUCGACGGGUUUCAAGGAACACUUGUACAGUGUCAUGGAAUUCGAUGAGGAGCCGCAGGCGAAAACGGACGUCGAACGAAUUUCCAUCUCCAUUGUCACGGUUUCUUUCUUUAUGAAGUGUUUUUUUGGCUCAUUUACAAGAAAUAACAAUUUUUGAAGCUCUUUCCUAUUUUUCUAUUCAUUCUAUCAGACAUCAGAGCAAUCAAAAAAAGCUCUGCUGAAUCAUGGUAGAUCUGAAAAGCUAUUCUAAAGUCUUUCCAGUUUAAAAAAAUUUUUUUCGGUAUUUUUUUCCAUCGGCCAAAUUGGUUUCCAGUGUUAUUUCUGAUUUUUUUCAAGACUUUCGCGACUUCGAAAACCUUAAAAAAAGUAAUUUUCAACAAACACCUAAUUUUUUUAAAAAAAUUUUUCAUAUUUUUUUCUGGUUUUUCCAGUUCAUUUCAGGUGGUUUACUUUCGUUCUUAAUUUACUAAAAAAAAAUUUUUUUGAAUAACCGAACGUAAAAAGGUCAACAUUGCUGGAGGUCACAUGAAUUUUUCACAAAAACCUUUUUCGAGGGAAAAAUCCUUCUCUUUUGGUUUAGUGCAAUGCGGUUGACCGCAGGUGCGCCCUAUAACGAAGUGCUUGAAGUAAAAAUAAAAUUUUUCCUUGGUCUAGUACUAGGAACUAUUGAAAAUGAACACAAUUGUACUUUGAAAGGGAAGUUUUCGUUUUCUUAUGAGAAUAAUUUUGAAAGAAACUUUUUUGGAGGUUGCUCUGUGAAAAAAUGUGACUUCAGUGGAUUUUUUUCACUAGAAAAAGGCUAAAACUUGCUCGGAGGAUUUUCAUUACUUUUCCGUUCUUACAGUAUACACUCUAUAUAUACGAAAAAAAAAAUGAAUUUACUCGUAUGUUUUGACUAUUCUUUAAAUUCCUCAAGUUUAUUUUAGAUUAUAGUACAAUUGAGGGUAUUGAAUCUUCUUGUCCGCGAUUUCAGAACCUCUAUGCAACUCUAGAACGUUUUAGAAAAAGAAAUCUGCUAAUUGGUAACAUUUGAUCGAUGGACACCUAGUUGAGCCAUUCUAAGAGCUCAGUGAGCUUUCUCAUCGAUUAUUGAUUUGUCAGUUGUUUCGCCCUUAAAUUGAACUUAGCUUCGAAAGAGUUAUUCUCAACUUGCAAGCUUAUGUGAUGGCUCAAAGUUUGGCGGUUUCAUCAAAAGUCAUCAGACCCAAAACGACUUGCGCAUGGCGUAGCAUUAGAAAGGAUUCCAAAAUGUCAAAAUAUAAGUAGAAAGAAAGCGCUUUGAGCCAUUCCAAGUGCGACCCCGACUUUUCGAGUUGCGAGUUAUGAUGUACAUCCAUUCUCAGAAGCACGGACGGUUCCGACGCGCGAUUCCGCGGAUGCCGAUCGCGCUGGCGGUCUUCUGCUGCUUCUGCAACGUCUUCAUUCCAGGCCUCGGUGACCUUCUUAUAUUUCAUGCUCGAAACUCAAAACUACACCAUUUUUUGUGUUUUUUUCCGACUCGAACAAAUAGCCGAAAAGCAUAAGAGCUCCCUUUGGGACACGGGUUCCUUUUUUUUUUGAAGUAUCGCUCAGUUUUUUGCGCCGUGUUGGUGAUAUUUCUUCGAGAAAGACCGAGGACCACAUGUUUCUCCCAAUUUCCAUCCGAUAUUCAUUUGCCGUUAAAUUGAGGCCCAAGAUCGAAGAAUGAAUCUGGAAAGGAGGAAGUUACUGGAAAGAAAAAGAUGCUUGAUGUAAAUAUUAGUUCUCUUGAUCAAUAACAGAACUUUGAGGGCUGCAAAAAGGGAGAAAACUUGAUUAUGUGUCCUUAUUAGGGAUAUGAGGGCAAUAAAAAUCAUCUUUUGCCGCGAAAAUUUUUUUGGAAAGAAUAAAGUUACCCAAAAUCAAUGAAAUUAGGCUAUAAAGCUCAUGCAAAAAGUAUAUUCCAAAAAAAUCUAUAAAAAAAUUUACGUCUUUUUUUCGUGCAAAAAGUUAGAAUUUCCAAUAAAUUCCUGAAAAAAAUUUGUUUAUUGAGUUUUUUUCAGCACGGAGACAAAUUGAAAAAGGACUGGAAAGAUAUUUUUUUGAGAUCUUUAAAAUUCCAAACGCGAUCCAAAAAAAUUAAUAUGAAAUCCUCUUAAAUGAUCACCUCAACACCUUUGUAUUCUAUUCAUCCCUUUUAUCUCAUUUUUUCAGGAACCUUCCUGUCGGCCUUGUCAAUAUUGUGUUGUGCCGACCCUCGCGGAGGCUCCAAACUGAAUUCUAUGGGUAUAAAUCUCCUUGCUGCUUUAUUACAGGUUCAUAUAUCAGCUUGUUUGUAGUUUGAGUAAUUCUCAGUACGAUAUAUCACCAGAAAUUGUUUUUUUUAAAGGUUGAAAGAAGCUCGCAGUUUUCAAAAAACAUUGAAAAAUUCAUGAUUCAGUGAGACUAUCAUAAAAAAAACCUACCAAAAAGCUUGUUUUUGAUACCGCGGAUUUAUCACUAGUUUUUUUCACGAACUGAAAACACAUAUUUUAUUCAGAAAAGCAGAGCUGUGCGUUUGGCCGAGGAUAGUGGCCGAAACGGCCCACAAUCGUAGCAAUCGCGAAAUUUUUCUAUCUCGUUUCAUGAUUUAGAUUACAUAAUUUUUCUAAAUAACAUAUUUUCGAUCACUCACUUCCCCUUUUAAACAUUCUAUGAAAUUUUCGAGAGAAAAAGGUUCGAAAAGUGGCAAAUUUUCGACCGCUUCGCGACCGCGUUGCAACACUGUGGCCAGCCCUGGCUGGCUCAGAGCACAGCUCUGUCAGAAAAUAUAGGAAAAGAAAAAUCUGGGAAAUUUAGAAGUUCUAUAAAAAUUUUUUUUGAUAAAUAUUCUUUAAGGUUUUUUUGGGCUUUUUUGAAGAAAUAGAUUUUUCUUCUUAUAAGAAAAUGUUUAGUUCCUUUUUCAGAAUAGAAACAUUUCGAAAGAAAAAAAAGAAGGAUUUUUGGCGCUUCUUCGAGUUCGAAUCGUCGAAGUACUAAUUGUAGAAAAACAUAAAAAAAUUAAAUAAUCAUGGAAUUUCUUCAAAUAUGUGGGAAUUUCAAGUGCACUUUUAUCAUGAAACUAUUGGUUUUCAGAUCAAAUUUUCAGUCGAAAUGCAAAAAAAAAAACGGUAGAUCAUUUGAAGAAAUUCUCAAUUGAAAGUUGAAACAUCUUCUGAUGACCAAACUACACAGAAAAAAAAAGACUAAUUAACAUUCUAAAAAGUGUCAAUUGCAGCUGUUGACGUGUCCGCUGGUGGUGGGCUUCGUGUGGUCGGUGAUCUGGGGCGUGCUUUUCAUCCAAAUCGCCCGUAAGUGGUUCAUUUCGGACAUCGACAGUCGCUACCACGCCCUCGACUGUUGUGUGUGCAGUAGAUGGUGA